GACAGCUGAUACAGAAGAAUGGGCUUCCUAAGGCAAAUCAGACUUCUACUCUGGAAGAACUGGAUCCUCCGAAAAAGACAAAAGCUUCGUAUUCUGGUGGAGCUUAUAUGGCCUCUGUCAUUAUUUCUUGCCCUGGUCUGGCUGAGGAAAGCUAAUCCACUAUAUCGCCAACAUGAAUGUCACUUCCCAAACAAGGCAAUGCCGUCCGCAGGAACACUGCCAUGGUUACAAGGUAUCUUCUGUAACAUGAACAACCCUUGUUUCCGAAACCCAACCCGUGGAGAGAGUCCAGGUGUUGUGUCCAACUACAACAACUCCAUUCUUGCAAGAGUAUAUAAAGAUGCUCAGGAGCUCUUACUGGAAGCCCCUGAAAUCCAUGACCUUGGCAGAGUCUGGGAAGAACUGAUCAUUAUGACUCAGUUUAUGGAAACAAUGAGAACAAAUCCUGAAAGAAUUGCAGGAAGAGGAAUAAGAAUUCUAGACAUUUUGAAAGAUGGGGAAACUCUCACUUCCUUCUUACUGGAAAACCUUGGCCUUCCUGAUGCAGUUGUUUUCCAGCUUGUUAAUGCUCAAGUGCGCCCUGAACAGUUUGCUUAUGGUGUACCGAACUUGACGCUGAAGGACAUUGCUUGUAGCCAGAUGCUCUUGGACCGCUUUAUUAUCUUCAGCAGCCGAAGAGGCCUCCCUUCUGUUCACAAGGCCAUGUGUGCUCUCUCCCAGGAAGGCCUACAGAGAGUAGAAGAUGCCUUGUAUGCAAAUGUUGAUUUAUUUAAGCUAUUUCAGCUGCUUCCCACUGUGUUGGACAGAAAUUCACCAGGUGCUGACCUCAGGUCCUGGGGGAGGGUGCUAUCUAAUGUUUCCCAAGCAGUACAAAAGCUAGCCAGGAAGCAAAGUGUUCAGGACCUUUUAAUGGUUUGGGAACCAUUUGUACAAGGUGGAAUACCAGAAUCUUUAGACCACUUGGUGAGCUCCCUUUCUGAUCUUUUCUGUGGCUACCCAGAAGGAGGUGGAUCCAGAGUGCUUUCUUUCAACUGGUAUGAAGAUAACAACUACAAAGCUUUCCUGGGGAUUGAUUCCACAAAGAAAUCCAUUUAUCUUUAUGAUAAUACAACCACACCCUUUUGCAAUGAGUUGAUUCAGAACUUGGAAUCAAACCCUUUAACCAAAAUAGCCUGGAGUGCUGUGAAGCCCCUGCUGAUGGGAAAAAUCCUCUUUGCUCCCAAUUCACCUCCUGUACAGCAAAUCAUUAAAAAUGCAAACUCCACUUUUGAAGAACUUGGACGUCUCAGACUGUUGAUCAAAGCUUGGGAAGAAGUAGGACCUCAGCUGUGGUACUUCUUCCAAAACAGCCUGCAAAUGAAUAUGAUCCGUGACUCUCUGAAGCACUCUACAGUGAGGGACUUCCUGAACAGUCAGCUGGGUACUGAAGGCUUAACUGCUGAGUACAUUAUCAACUUUCUCCACAAUGGGCCUCCAGGUAGUAGGGAAAAGGGAAUGGUGGAUUUUGACUGGAGGAACAUAUUCAGUGCUGCAGACCAAGCUCUGCGUUUGCUCAGCCAGUAUCUGGAGUGUUUGACUCUGGAUAAAUUUGAAGGCUAUCAUGACGAAACCCAGCUAACUCAUCAAGCCCUUCAUUUACUAGAGGAAAACAAAUUCUGGGCUGGUGUGGUUUUUCUGGAUAUAGACCCUACAAGAAAAACUCUUCUACCGCAUGUGAAAUACAAGAUUCGGAUGGACAUAGAUGCUGUGGAGAAAACAAAUAAAAUCAAAGAUAGGUAUUGGGAUCCUGGUCCAAGAGCUGAUCCUGUGGAUGAUUUACGUUAUAUCUGGGGAGGCUUUGCUUAUCUCCAAGAUAUGAUUGAGCAUGGGAUUAUAAAGACCCAGACCAACACUGAAGUGCCACAAGGAAUUUAUCUUCAGCAAAUGCCAUAUCCAUGUUUUGUGGAUGAUGUCUUUAUGAUAACCUUAAACCGCUCCUUUCCCAUCUUCAUGGUGCUAGCUUGGAUAUAUUCUGUUUCUAUGACUGUGAAGAGUAUAGUGCUGGAGAAGGAAAAGCGUCUAAAGGAGGCUAUGAAGAACAGAGGCAUCACUAAUGGAGUGAUUUGGUGCACUUGGUUCCUAGACAGCUUCUUCAUGAUGGCUGUGAGCACGUUCCUCCUCACAGCACUAAUUAUGCAUGGCCAAGUCCUGCAUUAUAGCAGUCCACUUCUCUUCUUCCUAUUUCUACUGACAUUCAAUACAGCCACCAUAAUGCAAUGUUUCUUGUUCAGCACAUUUUUCUCCAAAGCAAAUCUGGCAGCUGCCUGCAGUGGUGUCCUGUACUUCACCUUGUACCUGCCUCACAUUGUCUGCUUUGUCUGGCAAGAUCGCAUGACUGUUAAUCUGAAGAUCCUAGCAAGUUUCCUUUCUCAAGUAGCUUUUGGUUUUGGUACAGAAUACUUGUCACGCUACGAAGAGCAAGGUCUUGGCCUACAGUGGGGUAACAUCAGAACCAGUCCCUUAGAAGGAGAUGAAUAUAGUUUUCUGUUUUCCAUUAAAAUGAUGCUUUUUGAUGCUUUUCUGUAUGGAAUACUUUCUUGGUACCUUGAUCAUGUUUUUCCAGGGGACUAUGGCCUACCACAGCCUUGGUAUUUCCCUUUGCAGGAGUCUUACUGGGUUGGUUCUAGAAACCCAAAAGCUGAAAAAACAGUAACAGCUGAUGAAAAAGCUUCAGAGUCAGAAGGUUGUGUGGAUCAGAAGGCCAUGGAUGGGGAAAGAAAUGGAAGCAGAACAAAGAAAUCUGAAGAAUCUGAAAAGCCAGAAGAAAAGAAUGGCAACCAGGGGAAGAAGGAUGGUAAAAACAAACAAUGUAAACACAAACGAGAAAAAGAACUCGGCGAGCAGGGGAAGCCUAAGACAGAUGUCCAGGACAAAGAUGAAAUGAAUAGAAAUACCUUCUGUGAACCUGAACCAACAGGAUUGAUUCCAGGAGUAUGCAUUCAGAAUCUGGUGAAGAUUUUUGCAAACAAGCCUAAGCCAGCAAUAGAUAGGAUGAAUAUUACUUUCUAUGAAGGCCAGAUCACAGCCUUUCUUGGUCACAAUGGAGCAGGAAAGACAACCACCAUGUCGAUACUGACAGGCCUGUUCCCACCUACUUCUGGAACUGUGCUGAUUGGUGGCCUGGAUAUUCAAACUCACAUGGAUUCCAUUCGACAAAGACUAGGCAUGUGCCCUCAGUACAACAUCCUGUUUAAUCACCUUACUGUAGCAGAGCACAUCUUGUUUUACUCCCAGCUGAAAGGGAGAUCCAGGGAUGAAGCUGAGCAAGAAUUGGAAAUGAUGCUAGAAGACAUGGGCCUCUCUCAUAAAAGGAAUGAAGAGGCUCAGAAUUUGUCAGGUGGAAUGCAAAGGAAACUGUCUGUUGCUAUUGCUUUUGUUGGUGAAGCAAAAGUGGUGGUCUUGGAUGAGCCCACUUCUGGAGUUGAUCCAUAUUCUAGGCGAUCUAUCUGGGAUCUUCUGCUGAAGUACCGUUCAGGCAGAACCAUCAUCCUCUCAACCCAUCACAUGGAUGAGGCAGACAUCCUUGGAGACAGGAUAGCUAUCAUAUCCCAAGGGAAAAUAUUCUGCUCAGGCUCUCCUGUAUUCCUCAAGAACUGCUUUGGAUCUGGCUUCUACCUCACCCUUGUUCGCAAGGUGAAGAACACCAGAACUGGAAGGAGUGUAUCACUUUGUAGCUGUGGAUCUCAGUGCUCCUGCUCCUGCUCCAGCUGCGCACACAACAAUGAAGAAGGAACUCAAGAGCAGGAACUAGGUGGAGAUUUGAAUGAACUAGCAGAAGUAAUUCAUCAUCAUAUCCCAGAAGCAAAAUUAAUUGAAAAUAUUGGUCAGGAACUUGUUUACCUUUUGCCCAAUAAACACUUUAAACAGCGAUCUUAUGCCAGUCUCUUCAGAGAACUGGAAGAAACAUUGGAUGACCUGGGACUUAGCAGUUUUGGAGUUUCAGAUACACCACUUGAAGAGGUUUUCCUAAAGGUCACAGCAGAAGCUGACCCUGAAGUACAAAAAGCAGGAGACACUCAAGAAAAUGAUUCUACUCCUGGCAAAAUUUCUACUGAGAACAAAACAGCUGAACAGACCCCAGUGGAAACCAAUGACACUUCUCGAAUGCCAGGCAUAGCAGGAGAUCAAAAUGAAGGCAAAGGGUCCCUGCAGUAUAAAGGUUUUCAACUUGUACAUCAGCAGUUCAAAGCACUGUUCAUCAAACGGUUCCACCAUGCCUCCCGCAGCUACAAGGACUUCCUAACGCAGAUUGUCCUGCCUGCUAGUUUUGUGUUGCUGUCUUUAGUGCUUACAGUCAUUAUUCCUCCAUUUGGAGAAUAUCCUGCCUUAACUUUAGACCCUUGGAUCUAUGGACAACAGUUUACUUUCUUCAGCAAUGAGCGUCCUCGCAGUGAGCAGAUGGUCUCCCUCACUAAUGCUUUCCUAAAUAAACCUGGAUUUGGAAAUCGCUGCUUGAAGAAUCAGUCUUUUUUGUAAGUUGCCAGCUAAUAUCUAUUGAAAUAGACAAGUAGGAUAUUACCAACAGUAUUGGAGUAGUGGAAAAAGAAUUAGUUGGCUUGACGUUUUGCUAGAGCCAACGCUUCAGAUUUGUUCUAGGCAAGAAUAUAUCUGGUAUUGGGUCAAAAAUAACAAACAGCAAGAAAAUAUUUCCUCUGGAUUAAAAGUCAGUCGCAGCGCUAGAUGUGAAUAACUGGAAGCUCUUAUGGCCUUGUAUUAGGAAUUAAGCAACUUUGAAAUGUGUGAGUAAGAGACUGGAAUCAAGCCCAAAUCUUCACAGCUUCCCUGGCAUUUUCCACAUGUAAGUCCCUUCAGAUUCCUCUUGUUUCCUGUGAUAUUUGGAAACAACAUCUUCAGCAGUUGCUUGGAUAGUGAAGUACUAAUAGGGCAGUCUUUGUGAUUCAAAGUUUUUUUCACUCUGAAUUGAGAAUCUCUGUAUUUAACAUUAAAUUUACAUUAAGUUAAGGCCUAUGUGCCCUGAUUUGAAGUGUCACUGUGACACUCUUCUUUGCCAUUCAUUUUCUCCUGCUUUUCUCUCAGCCCUGAUACCAACAGCUUGAUUUUUAUGGCUAUUUUCUCCUCUUUUUGUA